GUUUCCUUUUCGAAAAAAAAAAAAAAAGAAAGAAAAAAAGUCAACAAUAUAUUUCAUUUAAAAAAAUAAAAAAACACAAAGAAAAUUAAGCAAGCCCUGCUUUCUAAUCUCCAGGGCGGCGAAGCGGCCGGCUGGCUGGACGGACGCGCACAGAAGAGAGCGGCGCGAGUGUCAGCACUGCAGACCGAGAUGUCUUUGGGAGGGUCUCCGGUAACUGUUGUGCAACUUCCAGGGGGUCAGAUUCAAGUCCAGAGUGUGAUCCAGACUGCUCAGUCAUCAGUCAUCCAAUCCCCACAGGUUCAAACUGUGCAAGUAUCUUCUUUGUCAGACAGUGAAGACUCACAGGAGUCUUCAGACAGUGUUGCUUCCUCUCAGAAAUCCAGAGAGAUCCUCACCAGACGUCCCUCCUACAGAAAAAUCUUGAAUGAACUGUCCUCUGAAGGAAUGGCUGCACGGAAUGAAGGUGAAGAAGAAACUGCCUCCUCUUCAGCCAUCUCCACUAUGACUGUGUCCACUCCAAUCUACCAGACCAGCACUGGGCAAUAUUUUGCUAUCGCACCGAAUGGAGCAAUCCAGCUGGCCACAGCCAGUGGAGACUCGAUCCAGGGUCUGCAGACGCUAACCAUGGCAGGCACUGGCACAACCCCACAAGGAACCACCAUUCUGCAGUAUGCACAGACACCUGACGGACAACAAAUACUUGUGCCCAGUAAUCAAGUGGUGGUACAGACUUCUGCUGGUGACAUGCAGGCCUACCAGAUUCGGAGUAGCACAACAACAUCAUCUCUGCCCCAGACAGUGGUGAUGACAUCUCCUGUCAGCAUUGCAUCCCAGACAACCAAGACAGAUGACCCCCAGAUGAAGAGAGAAAUCAGGCUAGCGAAAAACAGAGAAGCAGCACGUGAAUGUCGCCGGAAGAAGAAAGAAUACGUCAAAUGCCUAGAAAACAGAGUGGCUGUCUUGGAGAACCAGAACAAAACUCUCAUUGAGGAGCUGAAGACUUUAAAAGACCUUUACUGCGUCAAGACGGGGUAAUGCUAUCCUCCACUGCAGAGGCUGUCACCAAAAAACAAACACACACAAAAAAAUACAAAAAAAACAAAACAAACAAAAAAAAGACUUGGGGUUGGGAUUGUUAAUAUUAUAUUUUUCUUGUUUUUAUUAUUUUUUUUUUUUUUUCCUUUUGCGAAUUUUUAACAAGUGGUCGAGGGAAGAAGAGACCAACAUUUUUAAAGUGUUUUUACCUUUUUAAAAAAAAAAAAAAAAACAUGGAAAAACUAGCGUCAGCACUUUAUUACGAGGGGGCUGUUGCUUUUUUUGAAAAAACAAAAAAAAUUGAGGAGGACUGUAGCAGAUCUUUUUGAGACCACGGCUGGACUGUGAAGCUGGCGUGAGGUGUUAUAAGGUUUGCUUGGCUGGCUGGUGUGCACCUUAUGCAGUCACCUUUUCAUGUAGGACCAGCUCAGUAGGAAACGGCGGCUCUGUACUUUUUAAUUGAUAGUUUGUGAAAUCUUGACUGCUGCCAUCAGCAACUGUAUAGUGCAAUGCAUCGGUCCUUUGCGAAUCAGAAAUCUGUAUUGGCUAUUUGGGGGUGGUUAAAAAGACGUGACUUUUUAACCGAAAAAAGUGAGAGUCACAGCAGGUCAAUUAUUUAGCUGACAUUUUUAUUUUGCUUUGAUUUGAAUAAACCAGUAGACAUUG